AUGCCUAGUUUUGAUGUAAAAAAAUUUCAUUCUUUGGGAAAAAAAAUUGUUGGAGCAGGUUUAAAUUUCAGGUCUGUAGUUAAAGAAAGGAAUUUAUCUGAACCAUCAGAACCAGUUGUAUUUUUAAAACCAACUUCAUCUUAUUUAUUAGAAGGACUACCAAUCCAGAUUCCUGUAGGAUUUGAGGUACACCAUGAAGUAGAAUUGGGUGUCAUUAUUCGACAAAAAUGCAAGAACAUCCAGCCAAAUGAAGCAAAUAAUUAUAUUGGCGGUUAUUGCUUGGCAUUAGAUUUAACUGCCAAAAAUUUAAUGGAUAUUUCUAAGAGUAAAGGAUUACCUUGGACAUUUGGAAAAGGCUUCGACACUGCUUGUCCAAUAAGUUCUGCCAUCCCGCCUGAUUGUCUUCCAAACCCAGAAGAUGUACGUCUGUGGUUAUCCGUUAAUGAUGUAAUAAAACAAGAUUGCAGAACAUCUGAUAUGAUUUUUUCAAUAUCAGAUCUCCUGGCAUUUAUUACAAAGUACAUGACACUAGAACCUUAUGAUCUGAUUUUGACUGGUUCUCCUGCUGGUACAGGACCGAUCAAAAAGGGAGAUGUUAUUCAAAGUGGUCUAGAAGAUAUUUUACACAUUAAAUUUAAUGUAAAUUAA